AUGAAGUCCAUCAUCAUCCUCGCCAUCACCGCUCUCUUGAGUCUUGUCUCCGCCAUGGAGGACAUGAAUGGCUUUAAGAUGCUACGAAUGGAGCGUAACGUAGAACCCGUAUACAAGAAAUUCAAAGUUCGUGGACUGUACCCAGGCGCACCCAAAUUUCCGUCACCAGGCGCACCCAAAUCUUCGUCACCAGGCGCACCCAAAGGAUCGCCUGGCCCAACCAAGACUGGCCACGGUGGUUGCGACAAUCAUGAUGUGGAAAUACAUACAGACUGUGGGGCUGGCUAUAUGGGAAAUUGCCUCAACGGUAAACCCAAUUGCCAUCUGACCAACCCAGGUGCGGCGUGUGCUGCCCAAGGUGGCUUAUACAUGAACACGUAUAAAGACAAAAACGGCAACGAAUGCUGUCUGGCCGGAUGCCAUUACGGCGAUCCAGGUUGCCCGGAAGCUGCAAAUAAAGCAUCGGACUCACAUCAUCCUUGCGGUUAA